AUGAAGCAACUGCCCUCUGUUCGCAUCCGCACAUCCGUCGGUGCCGGAUGCUUCUUCAUCUUCAACAUCCAUUACUGCGGCGCCUUCCUCGCUUCUCUUUUACUUUCCAUGGCACUGAGGUAG